UUAAAAUCAAACAUGUUUAUUAUCUUAUGAUUCAGAUGCGUUUCCAUUGGACGAUUUUGGAGGCUUUUUUCGAACCACUUUCGUGUAUGAUGUUUCUCCAUUACAUGAAGCUGCUCAAGACGGCCUUUUGAACAUUGCAAAAAAUUUGAUCAAAAAUGGAGCCGAUGUCAAUGCCAAAAAUUCUAUUGGAGAGACUGCUCUUCACUACGCAGCAAAAAAUAAUCAUGAAGAUAUCGUUCAACUUCUCCUUGAAAAUGGCGCCAACGCUAAUGCUGAAGACGUGGAGGAGCGAACACCGUUGGUGCAUUCCAUUAAAAAUGAUAAUGAAAAUAUCGCCCGGGCUCUUCUCGCUAAGGGCGCCAGCUUUGAUGCAACAAUGAUGAAUUUCAAACCAAUCCAUUUAGCUUGUUAUUAUGGUCGAAAGAAUAUGGUUAAAAUGUUCAUCGAACAAGGUGCUGACGUAAAUGCACCGGCGUAUAGAGAAGCCAGACCAAUUCAUGUGGCUGCUAUGUACGGUCGUGUGGAUAUUAUGAGAAUAUUGAUCGAACACGGUGCUAACGUUAGUGCUUGGUCACGAGGUGAAACGGAUUCAUUAUCAUUAGCUGCAAUCGGUGAUAAAACGGAUGCCAUUACGGUUCUUUUGGAAAAUGGUGCCGAUAUCGAUGCGAAAGACUCAGACGGUAACACUGCGCUUCAUGCGACGGCAGCUCUGGGAAUGGCCAACGUUGUACAGUUUCUCAUUGAUAACGGAGCUGAUAUCAAUGUUAAGAAUAAGAAGGAUCAAACGGCAUUGGAUUUGGCUGAGAAGUUUGACUCAAGAAAAGUGGCCGACAUUCUAAGACAGGCGCGAGAACAACAGAUGAUACAGUUCAACCAGGUGGACAUAGCCAAACUACUCAUUGCGAAUGGUUCCGAUGUGAAUGCUAAGAAUAUUUAUGGAUUAACACCUCUUCACUGGGCUACAAAAUUUAAUAAAACGGAUAUAAUUAAAAUUCUCAUCAAUUCAACUGGCAUCGAUAUUGAUUCAAGACGUGAUACUGGAGAAACGCCACUGCACAUCGCCGCCAAAAAUGGCAAUGCAGAUGUGGUCAAACUCCUAGCCGAAAAUGGUGCCGAUGUUAAUGCUGCUGAUGAUCUUAAUCGUACAGCGUUUAGCUAUUGUAUUAAAAAUGAUGAUAUAAGUGUUGCGACGAUUUUGCUCAAGAACGGUGUCGACUUAAAUGCUGUGAACAUGGGAUGGAAACCGCUUCAUCUGGCUGCUGCGAAUGGCAGAGCCAAUAUUUCAAGAAUUAUAAUUGAAUUUGGAGGUGAUGUUAAUGCUGCCUGUCUAAAAGAAACUACACCUCUGCAUAUUGCGGCUGUAUACGGUUUUGCGGAUGUGGUUAAAGUUCUCAUUGGAAAAGGUGCCGAUGUAAAUGCUCGAAUGCAGGGUGAUGUGACACCGCUUCAUGUAACUUCAAAACUGAAUGUAAUGGAUAUUCUGAUAAAAAAUGGAGCGGAGAUCAAUGCAAAAACCGAUCAAGGAAACACACCACUCCAUACAAACGCUGCCAAUGGUAGAAUCGACGUUGUGAAGCUCUUGCUUCAAAAAGGCGCUGACAUCAAUGCAAAAAAUGUGAAUGGAAAAUCAGCAUUGGAACUAGCAUUUGAAUAUGAUAAUCCCGAAAUUGUAACAGUGCUGCAAGAAGCUGAAGAUAAGCAAAAAUCGCACUAUGAAAACCAAAUUUAUUCCCCAGCUUACCAUGACAAAAAUGCAUUCUUAUUGAAAAUUUGGCCAAUUUGUGUAUUUAAUCAACAUAUUUUAGGUCGUGUGGACAGCGUAAGGUUCUUAAUCAAAAAUGGUGGCGACGUGAAUGCGAAAAUCUACAAUAAAGAGACACCUCUUCAUUUAGCUGCUAAGAAUGGCAAUGCGGAUGUGGUUAAAGUUCUUGUGGAAAAUGGUGCUGAUGUGAAUGCUGCUGAUUAUUUAGAAAGAACAGCGCUAUUUUGGGCAAUCAAAAAUGAUGAUGCAAAAGUGACGGAGGUUCUUCUUAAAAAUAAUGUUAACGAAGACAUCACUAAUUGGAAUCCCCUUCAUUUGGCUUCUUCUUAUGGUCGGGCAAAUUUGGCAAAAAUCAUCAUUGAGAAUGGAGCCGAUGUGAAUGCACAGACGUUUAGAGAAGCGAGACCAAUUCAUGUGGCUGCUAUGUAUGGUUUUGCGGAUGUUGUCAGUGUUCUCAUUGGAAAAGGAGCCAAUGUGAACGCUCGUAUGUCAAACAAUAUGAGACCACUCCACAUCGCUGCAUUGAAUGGCUAUUUGAAUGUAAUGACAAUUUUGCUACAUAAUGGAGCCGAUAUUAAUGCGAAAAAUUCUGGCGGAAACACUGCACUUCAUUUAACAGCUGCCAAUGGCAACACAGCCGUUGUUCAACUUCUUAUCGAGAAGGGAGCUGACAUCUUCAGUGUGAACGGCAAAGGGAAGAUUCCAUUCGAAUUAUCGAUUGAAUAUGGUUACCCAUGGAUUGCGACCAUUCUGGAAGAAGCUGGCCGAAAGCACAGAAAAUACCGAUACAUUGACGAAAUUGUGAAAAUGGAUACCGAAUGGAGAGACGAGCUUAAAAAAGCCACCGAAAAUGGCGAUGUUCCGAAGAUGAAAGCAAUAAUAAAAAAUCUUGCAAAACAAGACCCAAGGAAACUUCGAGGAUUGCUUCACGAGGCCACAUUAAAUGAGAAUGCAGAUCUUGUUAAAGCUCUCGUCGAGAAUGGAGCCGAUAUUAAUGCUCAAGGCCGCACAGGAGAAAGAGAUACACCUCUAUAUAAAGCAGUUACUGGUUACGUGGAAGUGGCCAAAAUUCUUAUUCAAUGCGGUGCUGAUGUGAAUAUUAAAAAUUAUUUCCAACAAACACCACUUUUUACGGCUGCUUACAAUGAUCAAGCGGAUUUGGCCAAAAUACUUAUCGAAAAAGGUGCUGAUGUGAACACAAAAGACAGAUGCGGUGACACAGCACUUAACAUAGCCAUCGAUAAUAAUCAGGCGAAUGUUGCAGAGAUUUUGAUUGAGUGUGGGGCUGAUGUGAAUUCUAGUAAUAAAGAUGGGGACACACCAUUGCAUCGAACAACACGCUACGGUAUGACGAAUAUCGCUAAAGCUUUGAUUAAACGCGGUGCCAAUGUUAAUGCUCAAAAUACCAGUGGAGAUACGACACUUCACUACACAUACAAUGGUAAUUCCAGACUAUAUUUGUGUCGAGAGCAAAGUAGUGAAUUUUCUGGCUGCGCAGCUGCUAUUGUUCGUUUCGCUCCUAUGCAUGGGACACACUACAAAACUGAUAUUGCUAAAAUUCUCAUCGCAAAUGGUGCUCAAAUCAAUAUAAAGAAUGGCGAAGGAAAAACACCAAAUGAUCAUUUUGGCGGUAGUAUUCUGAAAAUACUCUCGAAAUUAUAUGCGCCGGCUGAAAAAGCUAAAAAUCGACGACUGGAUUUUUUCAAUGAUCGUCCAGGUCAAAUGGAUUUCAAAAAUAUUCUUGUUGAAAUUGGAGCCGAUGUAAAUGGCAAAGAUGAUGAACAGAGAACAUUAUUGCACGCGGCCAUUUUGUUUGAUGAAAUAGAAGUUGUCAAAGCUCUUAUUGCAAGUGGUGCUAACGUCAACGCCAAAGAUGCAUCUGGAAGAAUUCCUCUUCAUACUGCUGCAUGCAAAGAUAAUGCGGAUAUUGCAAAGUUUCUUCUCGAAAAUAAUGCGGAAAUUGAUGCGAAGGAUGGAGAUGGAAAAACGCCACUUCAUUUGGCUGCAGAGAAUGGUUCGGUAAAUGUUGCUGUGCUUCUGAUAAAAAGUGACACUCAAAUAAAUGCCAAAACUCAUCUUGAACAGACGCCCCUUUUCAACGCUGUUGAGCACUACCAUGCAAAUGUCGCCAAGGUUCUCAUUGAAAACGGAGCUGACGUAAAUAUCAACUGUCAUACCGGAACCACGCCAUUGCAUUGGGCAUCAUCUAAUGGUAUGGUGGACGUCGUAAGAAUGAUGAUUGCCAAAAGUGUGAAUGUGAAUGCAAUAAAUUUCAAAGGAGACACAGCCCUUCUCUGGGCGGCCAAAACUGGUCAAACGAAUGUUGCCAAAAUACUUAUCGAAAAUGGAAUAAAUGUCGCAGCCAAAAAUGAAGAUAGAUUCACACCACUUCAUGAUGCUGCUUCGAAUGGAAAUGGUGAUUUCAUUCGAAUUCUCAUCGAACACGGUGCCGAUGUUAACGUUAAAGACAAUGAAGGGAAAACAGCACAUGAAUAUGCGGACCAUUGGAACAUCCAGGGAAAUGCUGGCGAAGUUCUACGUGAAUGCGACGCUAAAACGGUAUCUAAGAUCACAUCGGGCUGAGGCGAUGGCGAUGUAUCAAAAAUUCAGACGUAAAACGUUUUUCCAAUGACAAAUUGUCCAUAUCAUGGCUAGUAAUAAACGCCAUGACAACUUACAAUAACUUUACAGAAAAUAAUCAAAAGCAUAGACUAAAAAUUCCAUUUAAGUUGUAGCAAAUCCAACUACAAAUUGUUUCUUUAUUUUAUUUCGUUUAACUAAAUGAUAAUACAUUAUAUUAUGUUGAGUAUUGAAAGAAA